AGCUGCUACUGAUAACUUAGAAAUGUAAUAUAUAAAACUAUAGCUGGGCUAUAUUAAUUAAAUAAAGCCAUGACUGCUAACUUUGGCAUACAUGUAGCAUUAACCAUGCUUUAUUAAGUCGAGCAGUUUGGUGUAGUAUUUAAUAUGCCAGCGUCUCUGACAGCCCACUUUCGUUUCUAUAAGGAGUAGCUGACCAUGUUUAAGAUAUUCUGCUGGCAGCACUGGCCAACCUUUUUCACUCAUUGGUUCUUGUUAAUAUUCUAAAGUCGGUUGUUCCAGAAAUAUCUAAACCUCGCCAAACUAAUCGGAUCCUCUUCGGUUAACUUGAGAAAUGUGUGUGUUACGGGAACCUCUCCUGACGCGGUGAAGCUUUGUAGCUUUUUUCUUUUUGUCGGUGUGAGAUUUGUUUUGAAAGAGUGAACAGUGAAUGUGUGUGUGUGUAUAUUUAUAUAUGCACACACAUACACACGCACACACGGACUUUUACAAUGACGAACGAAGUCAGUGAGAAAAUCUUCCAAUCGCAGAAGGAGGAAAGAUCGUUUGACAAUGUGGCCUUCGAUUUAAACUACGAAAUCUACGAUGAUCCCAUCAUGAACUUGUCGUUUUGUGGAUGCGGUUUCCUCGGGAUCUACCAACUUGGUGUGGCAUACUGUUUAAGUCGACAUGGCAGUGGACUUCUUGCCAAAGUGGAGCGGAUUGCUGGUUCUUCAGCAGGGUCUUUGAUUGGUGCUGUACUCUCCAUUGACCGAAAUCUAAUAGCGGAUUGUGUCAAGUUUGCCUAUGAUUUGGCCGAUGAAAUACAUGCACAACCUCUUGGAGUGCUUACACCAAAGUACAGCCUAAUGAAGUCUCUAGAGAAGUUCCUGGAUGAUAAACUCCCCCACAAUGCUCAUGAAAUGGCCAGCGGUCGAUUGUAUGUGUCUGUGACCAACAUGGAAUCGAGAAGGAAUGAAACUCUCUCACAUUUCAGUAGCAGACAGGAAUUGGUGCAGUGUCUUCUUGCGAGCAGUUACAUCCCUAUCUAUGCAGGACUGAAACCACCAGUGAUCCGAGGAAAGAAAUACUUGGACGGCGGAUGGACCAACAACCUACCAUCAUUUUCCGAAGGAAGAACCAUCCACGUUUCCCCCUUUGCAGGAUGGCAAGACAUUUGUCCGCCGACAAGUUAGGUCGUGGCAUAUUUGUGACAUUUAAAGAGCAAACUUUCCAAGUGAACUGGAAGAACUUCCGUAGAAUGCACCAGGCGUUGUUUCCUCCUUCCAAAGAAACAUUAAGAAGCUAUUUCCUUAAAGGUCAAAUGGAUACAGAACGGUUUCUUCGACAAGAAGGGUGUUACGAAUCUCACAAACCAAGGAAUUCUACAAUCACUGUACGGCGUGAAACUUCGUUAUGACCAAUUCCUCUGGUUCUAUGGAACUCAUUUUCUGAAUGCUGGUUCCUUUUUUUUUUUUAACC